AUGGUUUUCGUUGGAAUCGUGCUCGCAGUUUCGCUAGGCACGACCCAGACAUCGCCCGUUCCGGCCAAGGUACUGGCCAAGUACGUGCUCUCGUUACAACGCUCACCUCACGAAGGGCUGGACGAGCCACACGAUCUGGAUAUCUCGAAUGGGCUGGAGAGUGCGGAAAGUGUCUACGAACCGGUACGCUACCGACAACCAGCGUUCCAGGAAGACCCUUACCACUCGGCGCACCACCAGGAACAACUCCAACAGCACUACCAUCACCAUCAGCAGCAGCAGUACGACGAUCAGGAGCCGGAAGACGAACCGGACUACGGGGAAGCCGACUCCGAGACGGCCAGUGCGAACCACGCGUACAUGACGACGUACAAGACCGCCACAAGGCACGGUGGCGGUCGUGGAUAUGGCAGCAGUUACGGCGACAGCUCGGAGGAUGAAGAUACGAGUGCCAGCGAGGAGUCACCGGCGGUGUAUGAGCCCAUCAGGGCACACAAAGCCAAGGGCAAGAAGCACGGUAGCGGCGGUAGCAGCGGGGCGUCCUCGUACAGCCACAACCAUCACUACUACACCACCCACCAUCACCAGCAGGCGCCGCCGAAGGGCUCUGGUCACACUUCCUACCAUCCGCAGCUUAUCCAGGCCUACAAGAUCCUGCACGGAACCGGAGGCCGUCUGCCGACCUCGCACGAGUACGAGGACGAUCGUGGAAGUGAAGAGCACCGGCACCACCACGUAGAGGACGACGAUGACGACGACGACGACGAGGACUUCCGGAGUGGCGCAGCGAUCGGGGCGGCAGCGGGAGCCACCGGGUACGGGGGUCCGACCGGGCCACAGGUCAUCCAUACGAAGGGCCGCGCCAUACCGAUCAGUCAGCACGUGGAGAUCGAUACGCCGAUCCCCGUGCCGUACGUGAAGAAAAUUCACGUGCCAAUCCCGCAGGAGGUGAAGGUACGCAUCCCGCACCCGGUCCUGGUGCCGAUCCCGCGGCCCUAUCCCGUCCACAUACCGGUAUCGCAGCCGAUCGCCGUGCCCGACAUCAAGGAGAUCACGGUGCCGAUCGAGAAGGUGGUGCCGUACCCGGUGGAGAAGAAAAUCCCCGUCCCGAUCGAGAAGCCCGUCCCGUACCCGAUCGAGAAGCACGUUCCCGUCUAUCUGCCGCACCCGAUCGCGGUCCGCGUGCCGAUCGUGAAGACGAUCAUCCACAAGGUGAAGCAGCAGACCGCCAGCGGACCGACGCUGCCGCCCGCCGGUGGCACGCUCUGGUGA